CUCUUCCUGGAUACUGAGGCGCGCGGGACCGCGUCCAGAGCACAGCAUCAGCAACCCGAGGUCACGUCGCGAGGGCGGGCUAGGGGCCGCAGGGCCAGAUCAGGGCCUCCCCUUAUAGGGCCAGCUCAGCUCAACGCCCCUGUGUACACCCUCUAGGGAAAGGGGCUCCCAGUCAUCGGCCUAGCAAGCUUACACGCAGCCUGUGUUUAGGGGCAUGCUUGCAAGGCCCUGCCAGCGUUGGGGAACAUGGAGGAGUUCCGGCGCUCCUACAGCCGCCUGUGCAAGGAGAGUGGGGCUGAGCCCCAGGAGGCUGUCCUGCAGCAACUGCACCAGCUUCCGCGGGGCCGACUGGACCUGGCUACUCAGAGCCUGACGGUGGACACCUGCAGGGCCCUGGGCAAGCUGCUGCAUGACGAGUCGCUGUUGAAGGAACUUGUCCUCAGCGACUGCAUGCUGAGCGAGGAAGGGUCCACACUGCUGUUCCAAGGGCUGUGUGCCAACACCACUGUGCAGCGUCUGGACCUAAAGGGCAACAACCUCCGAGCUGCGGGAGCCGGGGCUCUGGGAAAGCUCCUCCGACAGAACAAGUCCAUUCAGAGUCUCACCCUAGAGUGGAACAACCUUGGCAUGUGGGACGAUGCCUUUGCCACCUUCUGUGGGGGCCUAGCAGCCAACAGCACCCUGCGGCAGCUGGACCUCCGGAACAACCAGAUCAGUCACAAGGGGGCUGAGGAACUGGCCUUGGCUUUGAAGGGAAACACCACUCUCCAGCAGCUGGACCUGCGCUGGAAUAACAUCGGUCUCCUGGGGGGCCGGGCCCUGGUGAACUGUCUCCCCAGCAACAGAACCCUGUGGAGGCUGGACCUGGCUGGGAACAACAUCCCCGGCGACGUCCUGAGAGCUGUGGAGCAAGCCAUGGACCACAACCAGGACCGGCUCACUGCCUUUCGGGAAAACAAAGCCCGCACCAACAUCCUUAGCAAGGAGGUUCAACACCUCCAGGAAGAGAAGUCCAAGCAGUUUCUGGAUCUGAUGGAGACAAUCGAUAAGCAACGAGAAGAAAUGGCCAGGAACAGCAGGGCAUCGGCAGCACGAAUUGGGCAGCUUCAGGAAGCCCUCAACGAGAGACAAUCCAUCAUCAAUGCCCUCAAAGCCAAGCUGCAGAUGACAGAGGCUGCACUGGCUCUGUCAGAGCAGAAGGCCCAGGACCUGGGGGAACUGCUGACCACAGCGGAACAGGAACGACAGAGCCUGUCACAGAGACAGGAGAAGGAGCGGAAGCUGGAGCAGCAGGAAGCUGCAGGUCGGGAAUCUAAGCUCCUCAGGGACCUGUCUGCCGCCAAUGAGAAGAACCUGCUGCUUAGAAGCCAGGUGGAUGAACUGGAGCGGAAGGUGAAGUCUCAGCAGGAGCAGCUGUUCCUGACCAGGCAGGAGCUGACUAACACAUCAGCUGAGCUGAAGAUCCGUGCUAUUCAGGCUGAAGAGCGCUUGGAUGCGGAGAAGCGGAGAGCCAGACAGAAUAUGGAAGACUUGGAGAAGCUGCACUCGAAGGAGGUGAAUCACAUGACCCGUCACCUGGAGGAGAGCGAGAGGGCCAUGCAGGAGAGGAUACAGAGACUAGAGACGAUGCGGCUGUCCCUCGAAGAGGAGCUGAGCCGCUCGAAGGCAGCGGUGCUCACUGAGCGUGGCCAAGCCGAGGAGGAGCUCAUCAAAGCCAAGAACCAAGCCCGCUUGGAGGAGCAACACCGCCUCGCUCAUCUGGAGGAGAAGAUUCGGCUCUUGGCACAGGCAAGGGACGAGGCUCAGAGCACCUGCCUGCAGCAGAAGCAGAUGGUAGCUGAGUCCCAGGCACGGGCCAGCCAGCUGAACCUGCAAAUGGAGGGGCAGCAACGGCGCCUGGAAGAGCUGCAACAGGAACUGAGCAACAAGGAGCAAGAGAAAGCGGCUGAGGUGACCAGGAUCAGAGUGGAGCUGCAGGAGCAGAUGGGCCGUCUGCAGGCUGACCUAGUGGCCCAGGAGGCGCUGAGGGAGAAGGUGGCCGCCCUGGAACGGCAGCUGAAAGCGGUCGGGAGUGAACACCGGGAGGCGCUGCUGGACAGAGAGAGUGAGAAUGCGUCUCUCCGAGAAAAGCUACGGCUCAAAGAGGCAGAGAUCGCACGCAUCCGGGAUGAAGAGGCCCAGAGGGCAAGCUUCCUGCAAAACGCUGUCCUGGCUUACGUGCAAGGGUCUCCCCUGAGAGCCCUGAGUCCCCCGAAGUGA